AUGCUUAUCAGCGCAAGUAGAGACACGAACGAGAGCGAGUCUUCACGCUUUGGUGGGCCCGUCGAGACAGCUGAGGGCAGCUCCGAACGAUACCUUUCAGCCAAAGAACUUGAGGCUGUCCUUGUAGAUUACGCGCGUAAAAGAAAUACCCUCAUCGGCGAAGACGAUGAUGUCGAGAUGGCCGGCGUCGAAGACGAACCAUUCGAAUUCAACACAGUAACGAAAAUAUACCCAAAAGAGAGCUACCAUUAUGGCACUUCCGCCUUGGAAGACGAGGAUCCGAAUGACCCGAGCGACGAGCAAGACCAUGAGCACCCAAAAUUGCCCAGAGUGGCCAGACGGCUCGAUCCUCACUCUAGGGACGUUCCACCGUCAGUUGCUGGUCUCCCAUCGCGGUAUACUCAGUGGAACCAGGAAUGUAUUAUCAAUGACUACUUCCGUGGCUUCAACCAAGCCAUGCCACUAUUCAGUGAACUUGACUAUGAGUAUUUUGAAAACCACUGCAGAGAGCAGGGUGGCACGAAAAAUGAGUGGUGCGCUAUUUAUGUCAUGCUGGCAUUGGCUCUGAGAAACGAACCCGAGAAUGCUUACCCAGGAGAUGAUGAGAAAUUCAUCGGCUCGGCCUGCGCAUAUGUCGAUAGACAUCUGUACAUGUUGUCAAAUGAAACAGGACUCAAGAUCGUGCUGGGAAUAGCCCUCUAUUUCAUGACGACGUGGAACCUAGAAGGGGCCGGGUUUAUGCACGCCAUAGCUGUCAAACUGGUCUACAGAUUGGGAUUUCAUAAAAUGGUCGGGGAAUCCGCCAAACCUGUCUGGAUAGCGUACAUCAUCGACCGAGAUCUGUCGUUACUCACAGGCGAGCCAUAUCUGAUGCAAGAGCAUGAUAUUGAUCCUUCAGUUGCGGAUCUCUCUGACGAAGAUGGAGGUAUUCUACACAACCUUAGGGAUGACUGCCGCUUUGAGAUCUUCAAGUAUCGCGCUCGAUUGGCGACUAUCCAAGGCAAGAUAUUUGACUUGGUAUAUUCAGUUCGCGCUUGGCAACUCUCUUUCGAUCAACAAGAAACCGUGGCGGAUCGUUUGGACGAAAUGCUGGAGAAAUGGGCCGAGUCGAUCCCUGGGCCAUUCAGGGGAGAUGGAGACCCAAUUUUCAACGAAGUACAGCUGAGUUUCUUCAAACAACUACAUGUGACGUAUUACCACUGCAUCUUUUCUGUUCGUCAGGCGACGUUACGCAAUCAGGAGUGGGUGGAGCGAUUGUUGAGAUUUGGCGAAGUUCGCAAACCGCCGAUUCUGAUACCCCAUUGCUGCCAUCGAAUUGGUCAGGGUUGGUCACAGCUGCACGGAAGUGCUUGGACAUGA